AAUGAAUCCAACCCCUUAGCUUAUCGUCAAGACACCGAAAAGAGAAAAAUGAAGGCACCUUCACAACAGGACAUGGUUUACUUCGACCACAUCAAGAAACGGCAAGAUAAUAAAGGCUGUUUAUACGCAACGCUUUACGGAUUGUUCUGUUGCUGUUGCUGCUACGAGACAUGUGAUUGUUGUUGCUGCGUCUGAUUCUUAUGAUCAUCUUAUAAUAGUAUUAUCUUUAUGUGUCCCUGUUGUUUUAUCCAAAUCUUUUCUAUGUAAUAAAGCGCCACAAAUGCGAGAAGUUGUUUUUGGGUUAAUUCGGGUUAAGUUUUGGGAAUGGAUAAUUUCAGUUUGGUUUGGUUAGGUUCGGUUCUAAUUUAAUCCGAGGGUGGUUUGGUUCUAUAUUAAAAUAUGUAAUAAAAAUUAAAUAAAGAGAUUUUUAAUUAUAUUA